ACUACUUCCGCCAGGAGCCUCUAGCGGCUCGGGAUGGAGAACUGGCCAUAAAGUGGCCUUCUCCUUCUCCCUUCAGCUUGCCCGCCCGAACCCUAGUGCCCUGGUGGCGGCUGCUGCUGCUGCAGAGCCAGUCGCGGCCGUUCCCUGGGGCCGAGUCCAGGGCCUGGGCGAACGGGAAGUGCCGGCGAGACGCCGCGGCCUGACCCAGCCCCAGUCUCCCGCGGCGGCCAGUGCGGUCCCCGCGGGCCUCGCCGCGCCCACUCCGGCCUGGGCAGGGCCGCCUCUUCGCCCUGGACUCCGCCCCGCGGCCCAACCGGUGCCUGACCCGCUUCGGCCAAGCCCGGCCAAGCCCGGCCAAGCCCGGCCAAGCCCGGCCAACCCCAGCCUUGCCGCGGGGUGACCGCCCUGCCCCUGGGGGAUCCGGCCGUCCCCUGGUUCCGGCCGCAGGGGCAGCAUGGAGUUUGCGGAGCUGAUCAAGACGCCACGGGUGGACAAUGUGGUGCUGCACCGGCCUUUUUACCCGGCCGUCGAGGGGACCCUGUGCCUGACUGGCCACCACCUGAUCCUGUCCUCCCGGCAGGACAAUACGGAGGAGCUGUGGCUUCUCCAUUCAAACAUCGACGCCAUCGACAAGCGAUUUGUGGGAUCACUGGGUACAAUCAUCAUAAAAUGUAAAGAUUUUCGAAUUAUUCAGUUGGAUAUUCCUGGAAUGGAAGAAUGUUUAAAUAUAGCCAGUUCCAUUGAGGCACUGUCCACCCUGGACUCCAUCACUCUGAUGUACCCUUUCUUCUACCGACCAAUGUUCGAGGUGAUAGAGGACGGCUGGCAUUCCUUCCUUCCCGAGCAGGAGUUUGAACUCUACUCUUCCGCUACCAGUGAAUGGAGGCUAAGCUAUGUCAAUAAGGAAUUCGCUGUCUGUCCUUCAUAUCCACCAAUUGUCAUAGUGCCCAAAUGCAUCGACGAUGAAGCUCUUCGGAAAGUAGCUAUGUUUCGACAUGGAGGGCGCUUCCCAGUGCUAAGCUAUUAUCACAAAAAAAAUGGAACGGUAAUCAUGCGGAGUGGCCAGCCACUCACUGGCACCAACGGGAGAAGGUGCAAGGAAGAUGAGAAGUUGAUAAAUGCUACCCUCAGGGCAGGCAAGCGAGGCUACAUCAUCGAUACUCGGUCUCUAAACGUGGCCCAGCAAGCUAGAGCGAAAGGUGGCGGCUUUGAGCAGGAAGCUCAUUAUCCACAGUGGCGGCGAAUCCAUAAAUCCAUUGAGAGAUACCACGUUCUUCAGGAGAGCUUAAUCAAACUUGUGGAAGCUUGUAAUGACCAGACGCAUAACAUGGACCGCUGGCUCGGGAAGCUGGAGGCCUCCAACUGGCUGAGCCACAUCAAGGAGAUCCUGACCACCGCCUGCCUUGCGGCUCAGUGUGUCGACAGGGAAGGUGCAUCCAUAUUGGUGCACGGCACAGAAGGAACUGACUCCACGCUGCAGGUGACCUCCCUGGCCCAGAUCAUCUUGGAACCGAGAAGCAGGACCAUCCGGGGCUUUGAGGCACUGGUAGAGAGAGAGUGGCUCCAGGCUGGUCACCCGUUCCAACAGCGCUGCGCACAGUCGGCCUAUUGCAGCAGUAAGCAGAAGUGGGAGGCUCCUGUAUUCCUUCUCUUCUUGGACUGUGUGUGGCAGAUACUUCGCCAGUUCCCUUGUUCUUUUGAAUUCAAUGAGCAUUUCCUCAUCAUGCUCUUUGAGCAUGCCUAUGCCUCACAGUUUGGAACAUUUCUGGGCAACAAUGAAAGUGAAAGAUGUAAGCUGAAGCUACCGCAGAAGACGAUGUCUUUGUGGUCCUGGGUCAAUCGGCCCAGCGAGCUGAGUCGGUUCACCAACCCUCUCUUCGAAGCCAACAACCUGGUCAUCUGGCCAUCGGUGGCCCCGCAGAGCCUGCAGCUGUGGGAAGGAACUUUCCUCCGGUGGAACAGAUCCUCUAAGUACCUGGACGAGGCGUACGAGGAGAUGGUGAACAUCAUUGAGUACAACAAGGAGUUGCAAGCAAAGGUCAACGUGCUGCGGAGGCAGCUGGCUGAACUGGAGACGGAGGACGGGCUGCGGGAGAGCCCCUGAGCGUGCCGUGGAGACCCGUGCGGCUGCGGCUGCCUCUCUCCUGCCCUUCCGUUCACUUGUACCUGGGAGCCUGGAACUCAAGGCUUCUCUUGGGAGCCCUCUAAUGUCACGGCUUUCUCAGUACCAUGGAACAAAACUACUACAAUCAUACCUAUUUUACGUGGCCUGCUAGGCAGCCCUUUGCUUUGGGAGCAGGAAGGAGGUGCUAGUCAUUCAUUUUAGGUGACAUCCUUGACCUAGCGAAUGCUGUCUGUCACAGGCCAUCACUGAGCGUCCUCCAGCUCCACCUCCACCUCCACCUCCACCUUCCAUACCGCGCUCCAGCCCACUCCAGGACGCAACAGUCUCUUUAAGGAAUAGUUGAUGGUUAAAAAAAAAGGGUCAGGCUUUUAAGCACUCGGUAUAGAAAUUUUUUUCCAAGCUGAAGUGGUGGAUAAACCAAGAACUUUGUGUUUAACAUGCUAUUUCCAUUACCUUUGCCCAUUAAAAUAACCAGGCUCUUUAAAACAGUUUUGGGACUAACAAAACCGAAUUCACUCUCAUUCUGGUUUGUCAAGAAGGGAGAAUUGGAAUACUACUGAAGACAAAUUCUUUCUACAAGGCAAGAGGUAUGGUUCUCUGACACGUACAAGCAUUAAAUUUGUUUUCAGAGAAGACACUAAAAGUGCGUGCAAUAUGGAGUCAGAGUGGGGACUUGUUACUGACAGAGAACUGUGACUGUUGAAUUGGUUUUUCAGGUUUUGGGCCAUGCAUAUAAAAUGUGUAUCAAACGUUGGAUAUAGAAUGAAACUGUCACUUAAAAUAGCACUGUUAUAAUUAAGCUACAAAAAUGGUUUCCUUAAACCAGAGCUGCACUGCCCUCAUCUGAAGUUCUUACUGCACUGGUUUAUACCUGUGUGUGUAUGUGUUCUACUUGAGUUUUAGGUAUUUUAAGAGUUUACUGAUACAAAGGUUAAAACAUUCAUGUUGGCUUGAGCAGCUUGUAAAUUUGUCUUGACUGCUUAUUUGUCCGGUUUGUGUUAGGCAAGUAUAAUUUAACUGGAGGGGGAAGCUUCUGAAUACGGUGCAGCUCUGUUUGAAACUUGAGAGUUCUGGAAGGGUCUGGGUGCCACAGAACAGCAGUGGCUAUGUCCCUGAAACGCUAGAUUGUUUUUACCUGCAGCGUCCAGUACUGGUUCAGUACUUUGCUUCUUUCAUCGAUCCUGUCCAUUCUAGGUUUCCCCUAAGAGGGUGGUUCAGGAAUGGGCUUUAAUUGCGUUUGCACACCGUCUGUGUACAACCACUGCAAAACACAGCCACCUGGACCCCACCUCAGACUUAACAUGUUGAGGUAAACAUAACUUUAAAAAUUGACUCUAGCAAAAUCUGUGGCCAUGUCCAGAAACCUUAGCUUGCAGCCCGUGCUUUGCAGCUCCGGUUGCCCAAGCUUCCCCCUUCCUCCGCCUUCCUGAGACUUGCGGCAGAGGCCAGGCAGCACCCAGUGGUCCAGACUCUUGGGCUAGAUUUCGCUGCCUUCUUCUCCAAGCUCACUUUUGUUCCUGGCUUAUGUUCUUGGCUGCAGUUACAAAUCCUAGGCCAUCACUGCCCUCACCAAAAGACGAAGCAAAAGAGCAGAACGGGUGUUCUGUCUUGCUCUGCCCGGGUCUGCAUGAUGUGAAGAAAUGCCCGUCAUUGCCUUCUUCUCAAUGGAUCCUCAAAAUGGCUGGCAGUGGUGCCUUGUGCAGCUGACCUUUUUGUUUUUUUCAACUCUAUCUCUAGCUCACGCAUGAAUAAGGACCCUUUUCUGAGAUAGCGGACCAAUAAGGAAAAUCACCUAGGAGUUCUUUCCUUUGUGAUUCUUUAGAGUGACCCCCUCUGCUUCUCUGGGUUGGGCUUCCCUGGGCGAACACUGAGGGGAGCUCUUGCCAGGCGUGGUCGUGGACAGCUGAUGCGUUGUGAGCCUGUGUUGUCUUCCUGAUGAAUGGUGAUGUGUGAGCUAGAGACAGUGAUAGCAAGUGUUCCAGUUCCUUUUUCUUCCCCUUACUGAGACAGCACCAUCACUGUUUCGACACGCUUGCAUUUUAGUAUUAACUUGUAAAUAGGGGUCCUGCAAGCUUCAGGUCUGUGUGCAGGUUGUAAAGACAAACUGGUCUCUGCACUUUCAACAGGGUCAUUUCAUAAUGGAAACGCUAGAGUUCCCCCAAACUCAAGAGAACAGUAAACAGGUGCAUUAUCAGUCUAAUUUGAAGAAGGUGUUUAACAAUGAUUAAAUUAUCCUUCCCUUGGGUGAGAAGAGUAAAUAAAAUGGGUACAUUCAAGAGAAGAUUCUUGUUAAGCAUUAGGUUUAGAGAGUUGGCUUUGAUAAAUGUGGCUUUAAAAACUUUAAGGACGAGAAUGGAGCCGAAUCAGUAAGGAA